UGUGUGAUUUUUAAGGAAGGCAGCAGCUUCCCCCCAGCCCCAUUCUGGAUCAUCCUAGACAGCCUCCGGAGGUCCCUCUGCCCACAGUCCUCUGCCCCCAUCCUGAGGCUGCUGAGUCCUGCAGUGCUUGGCGAUGUCUGGCCCUGGCAGGCCACGUCUCCUCUGGCUCCUGGCUCUCUGGCUGGCCGGUGUGGGCCAGGGGAAGGGAGACAAGAUCCAUUCCAAAUACUGUAACAUGAAAACAAAGUUCCUCACAAAUUCUCCAUGUACCUCCUGUGUGGCUUUUAAGAAUCAGGCUUGCCCAGUAGGCUGGACCAAGAAUUGGGAGAAAGGACCUGAAGACUGCAGUUAUUCUGUGACUCUGGGAGAAAAUACCAUCUUGAUGUCUGGAUGCAGCCAGGUCUGCUGGAAAGAGGUGGAAAAGAAGGCCUGCUGUCCUGGGUACUGGGGCUCUGAGUGCUAUGAGUGUCCUGGGGGACCCAAUAAACCCUGUAAUGGGCAUGGUACCUGCCUGGAUGGAAUUGGUCAGAAUGGGACCUGUGUGUGUGAGGAAGCAUAUGGCGGCUUUGCCUGCCAGGACUGCAAGGAUGGGAACUCAUUUGGUCCUGACUGCAAGUCAGUGUGUGCCUGUGUCCAUGGUGUGUGCAAGAACGGGCCCCAAGGUGAUGGGAGCUGUGUCUGCUUUGCUGGUUACACUGGCCCCCGGUGUGACCAGGAAGUGGCGGCCUGCAAGGACCUGGCCUGCCCACAGAACUCACAGUGUGUGAACACAGAUACUGGGGCACCCAGCUGCAAGUGUCUCCCGGGCUACCGGCUCCAGGGCACCAAAUGCCAAGCCCAAGAUCCUUGUUCUUCCUGUUCUCCUUUUGCUACAUGCUCAGCCCUGGAAAAUGGAAACUUUGAAUGCCAGUGCAAGGCUGGUUACCACGGUGAUGGGAAAUUCUGCCAGCCCGUGGACCCCUGCACUUCCAACUAUGGUGGCUGUCCCAGUAACUCCACCCGGUGCCUAUACCUGGGUCCAGGCAAGUCCAUCUGUGCCUGCAAACCAGGCCUAACUGGUAUUAGCCACAACAUCUCGGAAGGUUGCAGACCCAUCAUCUCCUCCUGCCGUAAUUUCUUCUGCGACAGUUCAGCCACUUGCCAGCUGGAUGUGCAGGGCAGACCCAGGUGUACCUGCAAAGAAGGAGAAAUCGGAGAUGGACGUUCCUGUUAUGGACACUUUAUCAGGGAGCUGGAGAGAGCCAAUAGCCAACACCGGUUCAAAAGGAAAUUAUCUACAGCCCUCAGAAUGCUGGAGAAUGGCUGUGGGGAGAUCCUAUCCAAGUCCGGGCCGUUCACAGUGCUGGUCCCAUCCUUGUACGUGUCUCGGACCUUGAAUGAAUCCCUGUCCAAGUCGAUAUGCAAACUGUACAUCAUCCCCGGACAGCACUUGAUGGAGGAGCGCAUCACAGCUCCCACAUACUCCCGGACGUGGUGGACACUGGCCGGAGAGUCGGUGACCAUCAGUGGCAGCAAGUACCUAAGCCCUGGGAAAACCAUGAAGUACAACGACCAGCUAGGCUCGACCUACAGCAUCGUGCAGACCAACUUGCCCGCCUCCAACGGCGUCUUCCACUUAAUCAGCAACAUCCGCACGCUGCCCCCUCAGUCCUUCAUCCCCGGAGAUCCGCAGAAAUCCAUCGGGAAGAUUCUGGCUUCUAUGGAUGUCUUCAGCCGGUUUGAAACCAUUCUGGAGAACUGUGGCCUCCCUUCCAUCCUUGAAGGCCCAGGGCCCUUCACUGUAUUUGCCCCCAGCAACACUGCGGUGGACAGCAUGCGAGAUGGGAGGCUCAUUUACCUGUUCACGGAGGGCAUCUCCAAACUUCAGGAAUUGGUGAAACAUCACAUUUACAGCAGUGCUGGGCUGACUGUGGACAAGCUGAUCACCUUGAGGCAAAUCCAGACUAUGGCCAACCAGGUCCUGCUCACGAACAUCACAGAUGAGGGCCGCAUCCUCUUGGGCUCUCCUGGCAUCCCUUUGAAGACCGUGGAUAUCGUGGCUUCCAACGGGAUUAUUCACCUGCUGGAUGGAAUUUUGCUGCCCCCAUCCAUCCUGCCCAUCCUGCCCCAUCGUUGCAAUGAGAACCAGUACAAGAUUGUGCUGAGUACCUGUGGAGAUUGCCAGGCCCAGAAUACCAGCAUAUGUCCCCCCGACAGCCAAAUGCUGAACAUUUUCCCCAAGGAGUGUGUUUACAUCCAUGACCCAGACGGCCUGAAUGUGAUGAAGAAGGGCUGUGCUCGAUACUGUAACCAGACUGUGGUGAAACUCGGCUGCUGUAAAGGCUUCUUUGGCCCCGACUGUUCCCAGUGUCCCGGAGGCUUCUCUAAUCCCUGCUAUGGCAAAGGCAAAUGCAGUGAUGGUAUCCAGGGCAACGGGGCCUGCACGUGCCUCAAAGCCUACAAGGGCGUCGCCUGCCACAUCUGUGCGGAUCCCAACCGGCAUGGAGAGCAGUGUGAGGAAGAAUGCGGAUGUGCCCACGGCAUCUGUGACAACCGGCCCGGCAGCGGGGGGACGUGUCAGAGGGACACGUGCACCCAGGGCUUCAGCGGCCCCUUCUGCAACGAGUCCUCGGCUGACUGCGGCCCCGCGGGCCUGGACCAGUACUGCCACCCGCAAGCCCGCUGCGUCAGCCUCCAGGGCCGCGCCGCGUGCGUCUGUGCCCCUGGCUUCGAGGGGGACGGCUUCUCCUGCGAGGUCAAGCACCCCUGCGACCGCCCCGACCGAGGCGGCUGCUCCGAGAACGCCCAGUGCGUCAGGAACGCCUCCGCGCCCCACCCAUGUGUGUGCAACAAGGGCUGGACGGGGAACGGCAGGUCCUGUGCGGCCAUCAACCCGUGCGCGCUGGAGACGCGGGGCGGCUGCCACGCCGAGGCCCUCUGCAGCUUCACUGGGCCAGGGCAGAGCUCUUGUAUGUGCAAGACGGGCUUCGCCGGCGACGGCUACGAGUGCAGCCGCAUCAACCCGUGUCUGCAGGCCCCCAACGGCGGGUGCCAUCCGCUGGCCACGUGCCGGCCCCGAGGGGACGGAGCCGCGCCGCUCUGUUCCUGCCCGGACGGCUACGGCGGAGAUGGCUUCACCUGCUACGGGACCAUCCUGGAGGAGCUGAAGAGGAAUGACCACUUUGCUGAGUUCUACCAAUGGAUUAAGAGAGCUGGCUUCGCCCUCCCUGCCAGGGGCAACUUCACAGCCUUGGUGCCCUCAGAAGCUGCCAUCCGGAGCCUGAGCCCCAAAGACAAGGCCUUUUGGCUGCAGCAACAACAAUUGUUGCACCUGCUCAGGGCCCACUUCCUCCCAGAUGCUCUGACCACUAGGAAGCUGUCUGACCUCUUUGGGCAGGAGGUGAUCACCCUGAACCCACCCACCCGCUGGGAGAUCAGCAACAGCAGCGGGGGGAUCACCAUCCAGAAUGUGAGUGUGGCGGUAGCCGACAUCCUUGCCACCAAUGGGGUCCUGCACAUCCUCAGCAAGGUCCUGCUGCCACCUCGGGCGGACGUACCCCCUCCCAGGCUGAGUCUGAGACAGCAGCUGGAUGCCGUGCCUUCCUUCAGCAUCUUUAAGGAGUUGUUACUGCGAUACCAGCUGCUGUCCCAGAUUGAGGCUGCUGCCAAGUACACCCUCUUUGUGCCCACAAAUGGCUCGGUGGAGGAGUACUGCCUGAAAGCCAAUCUGAGUGCCCUGGACAUGGAAACAGUGAAGCGCCACGUGCUCCUCGGAGAGGCUCUCACCCCCGACGCCCUGCGGCCCGGGAUGCACCGAAAUUCCCUCCUGGGCUCCUCCUAUGAGCUAAUCUUCUACAUUGGGAAGGGGGGCCUGCCUCUGGUGAACCAGGUCCCCGUGGUGGGUCCCACGCUGAAGCCCCAGGGGGGCGUCGUGCUCGGCUUGGGCGGGGUCCUGGCUGAGAGGACCAACAUCUGUCUUCGCGCGCUUGAGAAGGCGGUCAAGAAGAAAUGUGGCAGCUGUGAGCGGAGAUACCGCUGUUCUUCCGGCUAUAAGUUUCAGAAAGGCCCCAGAGAGAGCUGUAUCUACUUGUCAAAUGGAAUUCGGACCAUAGGCUGCUACUAUACGUGUGUUAAGAAAAAAGAGAUCCCCGACUGCUGCCCUGGCUUCUUUGGAACCCUUUGUGAGCCCUGCCCUGGGGGUCCAGGUGGUAACUGCUCAGGCCAUGGGCAGUGUCAGGAUGGCCUUCUGGGUAACGGAGAGUGUCGCUGCCACGAAGGCUUCCAUGGCACUGCCUGUGAGGGAUGUGAGCUGGGGCGCUAUGGGCCCGACUGUGCUGGAGUUUGUAACUGUGGCCAUGGAAUGUGCCAGGACGGGCUACUGGGGGAUGGGAGCUGUAGCUGCAAUGUGGGCUGGAAGGGCCCCCGCUGCGACCAAGAGAACAAGGAUUCCUUGUGUCCAGAAAGAUGUGACCCUUUUGCCAACUGCAUCAACGCCUCCUGUGUCUGUUCUGCUGGAUACACUGGCAACGGCACCAGCUGCUCAGAAGUGGACCCCUGUGCCCAGAAUCAUGGAGGCUGCUCCCUUAAUGCGAACUGCACCAAGGUAGCCCCCGGGCAGAGGACGUGCACCUGCAAGGAGGGCUACUCCGGCGACGGGGAGCUGUGUCUGGAGGUCAACAGCUGCCUGAUCAAGAAUGGUGGUUGCCAUGCCAGGGCCGAGUGCACCCCUACAGGGCAUGGUCAGGUGGCCUGUAACUGCGGACCUGGUUAUGCUGGGGAUGGAAUCCAGAGCUGUGACCCCGACAACCCCUGCGCCCAGGACAACGGAGGCUGCAGCCGCUUUGCUUCAUGUAACAACACAGGGCCCGGGCAGAGGACCUGUACGUGCGGCAUCACAACCGUGGGCGAUGGCUUCACCUGCCGAACCCGGAUAAGCCUGGAGCUGCUCCGGGACAAGGACGCCGCCUUCUUCAGCCACUACUUCAUGGAAUAUCAGGAAUUGAAGGGAGAUGGACCCUUCACGGUCUUUGUCCCUAGAGAAGAUCUGAUGAGGAACUUUAGCCGGAGAGAGCUCUCCAAGUUCGGCGACCACCGGCAGCUCCUGUUCCGCUACCACACGGUGGGCUGCAGGCGCCUGCUGGCCCAGGACCUGCUGGAGGCCGGCUACGUGACCACCCUGUCUGGCCACAAGCUCCACUUCAGCCAGCGUGAGGGAAGCGUCUACAUCAAUGAGUAUGCCCAGGUGGUGACGGAAGACCAGCUGGGAGUGAACGGCGUCCUCCAUUUCAUCGACAAACUGCUGCUGCCCCCAGAGCUGGUGCACUGGACCAAUGACUCCUCGCCACCUCCCAAGCAAAAUAUCACAGAAGCAGCUCAGAGCUGGGGCUACACGAUCUUCAGCAAACUUCUGACGACGGCCAGGCUGCUCCCAAUGUUCCACGACAAGGCUCACCAGCCCUUCACCGUCCUGUGGCCCUCGGAUGAAGCCUUGAGAGCCCUCCCCCCCGAGCGUCAGGCCUGGCUCUUCCACGAGGACCACCGGGAUAAGUUGGCAGCCAUCUUGAAGGGCCAUGUGAUCCGCAACGUCAAGGCCCUGGCUUCUGACAUACCCAACCUGGGCGAGCUCCGAACGAUGCACGGCUCCCCCAUUUCCUUCUCCUGCAGCAAGACCCUGCCUGGUGACCUCUUGGUUGGCGAGGGUGAAGCUCGGAUCGUGCAGCGACACAUGGAGUUCCUGGGGGGCAUUGCCUAUGGCAUCGACCAGCUCCUGGAGCCAGUGGGGCUGGGCUCCCGCUGUGACCACUAUGUCAAGGAACAGUUGUCGACUUUCCGACAGUACUGUGGCUCGUGUGUCGUGCUGCCCCUUUGUCCCGUAGGAUACAAAGAUGAGGGGGAGGUCGAGCAUUGCUUGAGGAGGCCUUUAUUUCUGCGAUACACCUACUACGACUCGCUCUCAUUCUCCCGAAAGUCUCCGAAAUUCGGCUGUCGUCGCCGUUGCUUUGCAGUCACCUGGAAGCCAGCUUGUUGCCGGGGGCACUAUGGCAUCGAUUGCCAAGUGUGCCCAGGGGGGGCAGAAAACCCAUGUAAUGGCAAUGGCGUGUGCGAUGAUGGACUGAUAGGGACUGGGGCCUGUAGGUGCAACCCGGGUUUCAAUGGGACAGCCUGUGAGCUCUGUGCUGCAGGGGCUUUUGGCCCUCACUGUCAAGCGUGUCAGUGCACAGAGCAUGGCCAAUGUGACGAUGGUAUCUCAGGCUCUGGCUUUUGUUUCUGCGGUGAGGGUUGGACGGGACAGCACUGUGAGACAAAGCUGGAUGUGCAGCCUGUGUGCUCCCCACCCUGCGAUCGUCACGCUGUGUGCCGUGAGGACAAUGUCUGUGAAUGCAACCUGGAUUAUGAGGGGGAUGGCCACAAAUGCACACUGAUUGACCACUGCCAGAAUGGACAUGGCGGCUGCAGCCAGCAUGCCAACUGCAGCCAGCAGGGUGUCCUUGUGACCUGUACUUGCCACCCUGACUAUGAAGGGGAUGGAGUGUUCUGUCGGGCCCGGGACCGCUGUGCAGAUGGCCAGAACGGAGGCUGUAGUGAGCAUGCUGAAUGCAUUAGCACGGGCCCUAACACUCGACGCUGUGAGUGCCGAGCUGGCUAUGUGGGGAGUGGAGUCCAGUGCCUGGUAGAGGCUGUGCCCCCUGAGGACCGAUGCCUGGAGAGCCCGGGACCCUGCCACCCAGAGGCCAUCUGCACCGACCUGCACUUCCAAGAGAAGCGGGCCGGGGUGUUCCACCUGCAGUCCCGGGAGGGCAAGUACAGGUUGAGCUUCAGGGGAGGCCAGGGCGUCGCGGCGCAGGCGCCGUCUCGGCCCGGCAGAUCUCGGGGUCGAGGAGCCCGGCGGGGGCGGCGGGGGGGUCGGGGGGGAAUCUCGGGGCUGGGGAGGGCCGCUUUUAGCCCACAGCCUCGCCUUCCUUUCUCCCUCGCACAUUCACAGCUCGGCUUCCACCUGUGCUUGACGGGCUGGCUCUCCAACGGCACGGCCGCCUACCCCAGCGUGUACCCCGGCGCGGGCUGCGAGAGCAGCCGCGUGGGCAUCGUCUCGCAGGGAGCCCCGAGCAGCCCCGGCGCGCGCUGGGACGCCUACUGCUACCGCGUGCAGGACGUGAGGUGCCAGUGCCGGGCCGGCUUUGUGGGGGACGGGAGCGCGGUCUGUAACGGGAAGCUGCUGGACGUGCUGGCCGCCAACGCCAACUUCUCCACCUUCUAUGGGCUACUGCUGGAUUACGCCAACACCUCGCAGCCGGGCCUGGAGUUCCUCGGCUUCCUCUCUGACGAGCUCACCUCCAAGACUCUCUUCGUGCCCCUCAACUCUGGCUUUGGGGACAACGUGACGCUGAGCUGGAAGGACCUGGAGCUCCACGCGUCCAACGUCACCUUUCUGAGCCUGAACCUCAGCCAGAGCGCCGUCCUCCCUGCCCACUCAGGCCACCAGCUUUUCAUCAGCAACGACUCUGCUGGCAACAGGACCGGCUUCAAGGGGGGCUUCGAUAUGGUGAGAGUCAGUGCUAUUGUGGAGUGGGAUAUCAUCGCCUUCAAUGGCAUCAUCCAUGCCAUCCAGAGCCCUCUCACCGUGCCCCCCGAGCCGGAGGCUCCCAUGGCCAGGAGCACCACUUCUGUAGCAGUUGGCUUGUCCACUGCCUUGGGAACGGGGCUGGUUUUGGGACUGGUGGCCCUAUAUUUCCACCACAAAGUCAAGGGCCAAGGAUUCCAGUUCCAUUAUUUCAAGGCUGAAGACGAUGAAGAUGAUUUCUCACCCUGGCAAGAAGGACCCAGCCCGCCCCUGAUCUCUGUACCCAACCCCACUUUUGAUGGCUGUGACAGCUUCUACGAGCCCUUUGACGACUCAUUACUUGAGAAGGAGUUCUCCGACACCCACAGAAUCCUUGAAGAGGACUGAGGGGGCCUGGGAGGAGCCUCUUCACCACCCCCAGCCCCGCCCCACCCCCAACCCCAGAAAUGUUUACAUGGGUCUGAGUGAGCCCAGAAGGGGGUGCCCACCCUUAUUUGCACAGCCUCCUCCUGCAGGGCUGGGGCAGUAUGAGCCUGUGGGAGACACGUAGGCACCUCCAGCCUACUCCCCGUCCCUCUAUCAUCCUUCGCCACCUCCUGG